GCUACAGCCAUAUAAAGUCAACUCGUAUCGUCUACCCUGGGCAUUUCGCAUAGCGGUGCGCGCGUGUGCGCUGACUAACCACACACCACACACAGGACACACUGGGAGGGCAGAACCACAGACGUCCGUCACCCCACGAGAAACCAUCGACUGACUGCAUCGGAAGAAGCAAGCUCUACUUACGAAGCAUCAUCGUGUCGCAGUUGAGGUUUUGAUCGGUUGAAAUUGCCGGGUGAACGUGCUGAGUUUGGGUGAAUGGCCAAGGGUGACUCGAGUGAAGAAUCUUAAAGAUUCUAAAUCAGCGGUGGAUGACGUCGCUAGCAAACGCCAUCGCGAUGGGGUACGGCAGGGCACUGCUGAUGCUCGCCCUUGUGCAGGUGACGGUGGGCGCCAUCCACGAGGCCGGCUACUGCGUCGCCAAGUACGAGUGCGGCCGCAACCCGAACGUCCCGACGAGCCUCAUACCGUCGGAGGUGCCGUGCGUGGACAACAGCGAGGCGGAUACUCUCUCGGGCGUGGCACUGGAACUUCUGCGCGACGUCUGCCCCAUGCUCUACAAGGGCGAGAACAACACCAGGGCGUGUUGCGGCAACAGCCAGCUGGUCUCGCUCAAGAAAAGCAUGGACCUGUCGGUGCCCAUCCUGGCCAGGUGCCCCUCGUGCCUGUACAACUUCCGCCUCCUCCACUGCACAAACAUCUGCAGCCCCGACCAGAGCCUCUACGUGAACGUGACGCGCACCUUCGAGACGGUCAUCGACGGCGUCAACAAGACGGGCGUGCUCGAAUUCAACUGCCUGUACACCCGCCGGCUCGGCGAGGAAGCUUUCGAGUCGUGCCAGUCGGUCGCUAUCCCGGCCACGGGCGGAUUCGCCAUCGACGCCAUGUGCGGCGUGUACGGCAGCACGCUGUGCACCGCGCAGCGCUGGCUCGACUUCCAGGGCGACAUCAGCAACGGGCUGGCGCCCAUCGACAUCAUCUUUGACCUCGUGCCCGACGGCGAGACGGCGCCGCAGGAGAGCCAGGGCAUGCGGCAGUUCAACGACACCGCCUUCAGGUGCACGGAGGCCGUCGAGCCGGACGGCCCCGCCUGCUCGUGCCAGGACUGCGUCAAGGCCUGCCCCCCGGUGACGCCGCCGCCCGACCCGCCGGGGCCCUGGAUGUUGGGCCGGCUGGACGGCCCGCUGGUGAUCGGCCUCGUGGUGUUCGCGGGCCUCACGCUUCUGUUCGCGGUGUUCGCGGCGCUCUCGCACCUGCUGGGCAGAGAGAGGUCGAAAGGCGGCGGCCGCGGCGCGUCGGACGACGACCUGCCACCGGUGGACCCCGCGGACGUGACCUGCUUGGAGAAGCUGGGCGAGAACAUGCAGGGCCACCUGUCGGCGACGUUCCGCCGCUGGGGCGUGCUCGUGGCGCACAACCCCAUCCCCGUCAUCAUCGCCAGCGUGGUGGUGGUGGCCGUUCUCGCCGUGGGCCUCGUCUUCAUCGAGCUCACCACCGACCCCGUGGAGCUGUGGUCGUCACCGAGCAGCCGGGCGCGGCAGGAGAAGGACUUCCACGACGCCAACUUCGGCCCCUUCUUCAGGACCAACCAGCUCAUCCUGCGCAGCAAGGGCGGCAAGGCCACCCUGUACCCAUCGAUACUCUUCGGCACUCAGAACUUCAGCAGCACCCUGCAGCUGAGCCUCCUGCUGGAGCUGCUCGAGCUGCAGACGCAGCUGCAGGACAUCAGGGUGGACGUGAACGGCACGGCCGUGAGCCUCAAGGACAUAUGCUUCGCGCCGCUCAGCCCCGAGCAGCCCAAGGACACGGACUGCGCGGUGAACAGCCUCCUGCAGUACUUCCAGAACAACAAGACGAGCCUGCUGGCCACGGCGGAUCAGAAGGGGGACGGUGGGCAGAUGGGCACUGUGGACUGGCGCGACCACUUCAUGUACUGCAUCAGGUCUCCCCUCUCCUUCAAGGACGUCACGGCUCUGGAGUUGAGCUGCAUGGCCGAUUACGGAGCUCCCGUCUUCCCGUUUCUGGCCGUGGGCGGCUACCACGACGAGCGUUUCACGGAGUCCGAGGCGCUCAUCCUCACCUUCUCCACCAACAACUUCGCCCGCGACCACCCCAAGUUCGAGUUCGUGCUGGCGUGGGAGGCUGAGUUCAUCCGCAGGGUGCACAAGUACAAGGACGACCCCGCCAGCAACUUUACCGUCGUGUUCAUGGCAGAGAGGUCCCUGGAGGACGAGAUCAACCGGACGACGGCCGAGGAUUUGCCCAUCUUCGCCAUCAGCUACGCGGUCAUCUUCGCCUACAUCGCCCUCGCCCUCGGCGAGUACUCGAGCUGGAAGAGAGUCCUGAUCGACUCCAAGGUCACGCUGGGCUUGGGCGGCAUCUUCGUGGUGCUGGCCUCGGUGGCCGCCGCCAUGGGCGUCUUCGCCUACGCCGGGGUGCCCUCAUCGCUCGUCAUCCUCGAGGUGGUGCCCUUCCUCAUCCUCGCCGUGGGCGCCGACAACAUCUUCAUCUUCGUCCUCGAGCUGCAGAGGGACGAACUCAGGAAGGGCGAGAAGAGGGAGGAGCAGAUCGGCCGCGUGCUCGGCGAGGUGGCUCCCAGCAUGCUCCUCUGCAGCGUCUCCGAGUCCGUCUGCUUCUUCCUGGGGACGCUCACCGAGAUGCCGGCGGUGCGCACCUUCGCGCUGUACGCCGGGCUCGCCGUCAUCUUCAACUUCUGCCUGCAGAUGUCCAUGUUCGUGUCGCUGGUGGCGCUCGACUCACGGCGGAGAGACGCCACCCGCAUGGACAUCUGCUGCUGCGUGCGGCCCAGCAACGUCAAGGCACCGAAGCGCAACGAGGGAUUCCUGUUGCCCUUCAUGCGGCGAUACUACUCCCACUUCCUGCUGCACCGCGUCACCCGCGCCGUCGUGAUGAUCGUCUUCAUCUUCAUGUUCAGCGCGUCGCUCUUCCUGAUGUUCCACGUUCAGGUCGGGCUGGACCAGCGUCUCGCUCUGCCAAAGGACUCGUACGCGCUCGACUACCUCAACGGCCUCUACGAGUACCUGGAGGUCGGCUUGCCCACGUACUUCGUGACGACGGGCGGCUACAACUUCUCGAGCGAGGAGGGCACCAACGCCGUCUGCGGCAGCGCCGGCUGCAACAACGACUCCAUGAUGCAGAAGAUCCAGACGGCGAGCGAGUACCCGGACCACUCCUAUUUGGCGAUCUCGGCGUCGUCUUGGGUGGACGACUUCGUCGACUGGCUCAACCCGUACUCCUCCUGCUGCCGACUCUACAGCAAACCGCACCCGCAGUUCGGCGAGUUCUGCAACUCGACCGUCGAGACCCCGCUGGUGUGCCUCGGGAAGUGCAUCCCAGUGUCUCAGGUGCGCCCCAACGUGCAGCAGUUCGAGCACUACCUGCCCAUCUUCCUCAAGGAUGUGCCCACGCUCAAGUGCGCCAAGGGCGGUCUUGGCGCCUACGGUAAUGCGGUGAAGAUGAACGAAGCAGGAGAGAUCAUAGCGUCACGAUUCAUGGCGUACCACGUUCCCAUGACGACGUCCUCCGAUUACACCGCGGGGCUGCUGCGGGCGCGGGAGCUCGCCGACUCCAUCACCCGCAGCAUGCGCGCAGUGCCGGGCACGCACCCCGACUUCACCGUCUUCCCCUACACCAUCACGUACGUGUUCUACGAGCAGUACGAGACGAUGGUGCGCGACGGCGCCGUGAACCUCGCCGUGUGCCUGGUGCCCACCUUCGUCGUGUGCUGCGUCGUCCUCGGCCUCGACAUCCUGUCGGGCGCCAUCAACCUCUUCGUCAUCGUCAUGAUCGUCAUCGACACGCUGGGCGUCAUGACCCUCUUCUCCAUCGAGUUCAACGCCAUCUCGCUCAUCAACCUCGUCGCGGCCGUGGGCAUCUCGGUCGAGUUUGUGUCUCACAUCACGCGCGCCUUCGCCGUCAGCGUGCGGCCUACCAAGGUGGCGCGCGCCCAGGAGGCCGUCACCACCAUGGGCAGCGCGGUGCUGGCCGGGGUGGCGAUGACGAACCUGCCCGGGAUCAUCAUCCUCGCCUUCGCCAAGGCCCAGCUGGUGCAGGUCUUCUUCUUCCAGCUGAACCUCGCCAUCACGCUCCUGGGAGCCGUGCACGGGCUCAUCUUCCUGCCCGUUGUACUCAGCUACUUCGGUCCCAGGAUCAACAAAGCGACGCUGCUGAAGCUGCAGACGCAGAGAGCCCAGAAAGGAGACCACGAGUUCUCUUCCCGCGAGUGCGUCGCCGAGAGCAGCAAACGCAGCGAACACGGCAAACACGGCCAGUGCGACGCCGGCAGCGACGCCGGGAGCCACACCGGGAGCUCGCCAGGAUCGACGCACAAGUCGGAGCCCUCCUCCCCCGCGGGGUCGAUGCACAAGGCCAACGGGAACGCGGUGACGACGCCCGAGAACGUAUACGAGGUGGUGAACAACUCCGCCUUUUGAUGGUGCAGAACGCUCCCGCGAGAGUCGGCGGUCCUGUUGGUGCGUCGGUCGGUCGUCCUUCACCAGGAACGUCGCGAAGGGACAUGGCGGAGACUCGAGGGGGACGGCGGGGGCGGGGGUCAGAGGUCGCAGCCCGGCGCCAGCCGCGUUGGCCGUGAUCUCUUCGCUUGCUGCACGAAGUAGUCGCCCGCUCUCACGGGUCCAUCCCGGUGCCCCACGUCCGCGCCGAUUUUGUCGCUCUAUCUCCCGCGGCGGAUGUCCCGUCCCCAGUGGCGAUGAUGUUCCGUCACAAGCCACACGCGUUCCCGAGCGGUCAAUGUGACGUCAGGACCGUGCGAUGUUCACUAAUCCGUGUUUCCCCAUUCCGAACUUAUCUGAGAUUUCAUAAUUAAUUACAUUUUUUAACAGUGUAGAUUUUAUCCCCAUAGCCCCCACCCCUUGACCCCCCUAGGCCCUCCCCCUUGGUCCCCCUAGCCCCUCCCCCUUGACCCCAUAGCCCCUCCCCCUUGUGCCCAAACCCCUCCCCCUUGGUCCCCCUAGCCCCUCCCCCUUGUGCCCCAACCCCUCCCCCUUGGUCCCCCUAGCCCCUCCCCCUUUAACCCCAUAGCCCCUCCCCCUUGAUCCUCCCCCCCCCCUUGGCCCCCCUCGCCCCAUGGAUGCUGUCGUGUCAUAUUGUAAAUAGAGAUAUAAUUUUGCACAAACCAUGAAUUGUAGGUUGAGGCACUCGCGCAAGUGUGCGACGUCGUAUUAUUCCGGCUCCAUUUGUAAAGCGAAUAUGAAACCUGCCAAAAGCUUCGUGAUUCUUGAUGUUAGGGAAAAAGUUGCUACUCCAGUGAGCGAAUGCAAUAGAUGUUUUUAUCUCAUGAUGAAGGCCGAUUGCCCGAAACGUUGGGGUACCCAGUCUUUUUCUAAACAGUGUAUUUUUGUUAUUUCGCAUUAAUUCAGCCGGUUUUAUUUUUAUAUGAGGAUUUUUUUUUUGAGAAUUGCAAAAUUCGUGAUUUUGACGGAAAUUUUUCUUCGUGGUGUUACGCAAGCGCAGGCACGAAGAUACGCGCCACAUUGGUCAUUGUUGUCUAAACCUGUGCAUGGGCCUCUCCUAGGUCAACUCAGCCUCAAAUGAGUACGCGUGUUAUGGCGUGUCAUUAUCAGCACUAGCGAUAAAAAAAAAGAUGGCCAGUUUGUGUGCUGGCCACACCACCCAUCUUGUGUCUUAAUAGGCACUCGCUCGCAGCACUUGCCCCAAAAGUCUGUAAAGCUAUAUGGGGGAUAUUUGUGUUUGUAUGUCACACCAUCAUGAAUGCAUGUAGGUGUGCAUGUGUGUUGUGUAUUUCGAUUUAAAGCUUUCGUGACUGCAGGGAUUCAUCUUUUUGGUUCUUUCGGUAAAGUCACGUAGAAUGGAAAUAAUAAAAUAAUAAAAAAUAAAAAUAAUAAAAUAAUUCUCACGACGUUUCGGCCACAACGCAAGUCUGUCUCCUCGACAGACCUGUUCUCCACCUAAGGACGGCUGCUUGCGUUGUGGCAGAAACGUCGUGAGAAUAAUUGUAUUAUGUUUUAUUUUUAUUAUUUUAUUAUUUCCAUUCUACGUGACUUUACCGAAAGAACCAAUACGAUGUGUUGUGUAUGUUGUGUAUACGCGCAAUCACACGAUAUUAACCCGACAUUGUGUCAUUGUGUCUCAUUAUGAAUUACAAAAUAUAUUCUUCUAAAAAUG